AUUAUCUCCACUCCUCCGCUAGUUUUCUUCAGGAAGCCUCUCUACUGUUCAAGUCCACGAGUCAUGGCUGCCUUGCGUGAUCUCCUGACGCUCCUGAUCACAAUCCAGCUCCACCUGUCCAGCACAUCCUCUCUCUCUCCUAACAAGAAAAGUGGUGGCUCAGGGAAGCGCCAGGGGGCCGCGUCUCAAUCCCUGGAGGAGGGCACUUCAGUGCUGGCAUUAGGGGAAUCAUGCGGAGUGUACACUCUGUUUUGUGGACGUGGCCUUCGCUGCUUUCCUCCAGAGGGAGACCAAAGCCCACUGCAGUCUCUCCUUCAGGGAAAAGGAACGUGCAGGAGCAUCAAGCUCAGCUUCCAGAAGACGACGACUGCAGGCUCUCCAAUUCCAGUUACAGAAAGUGUGGAGAAGGGUCCGUGUCGGAAACAGCUGAUGUCACUGCUUCAGAGGCUCGAGCUCACUGUGAUCAAGAGCGAUCGAGACAUUUACAUCCCCAACUGUGACAAGAAUGGAUACUACAAGAGGAAACAGUGUAUGUCGUCUCACGGGAUGCAGCGUGGUCAGUGCUGGUGUGUCGAUGAGAAAGGAAACAAACUUCAAUCCCAAGGCAGGGAUGGUGCUGUUACCUGCAGCACCUGAGAGAAGAAAAAUCUGCUAAUCUUGAGAAAUGUAUUAUUAUUUUUAUU